AUGGAAAUGCAACUGGGACUUAGAGCAGUUGUUACACCUGCUACCGGGAACUGCUUUGCCAUGUCGAUUGUUCAAGCGGCGAUGGACGCCAACUUGGAUGACCCAGGAAGGUCGCUUGAACACCUGACGGCCUACCUGAAACGCGGCAUUUAUCGGAGCUACACAGCUCUUUAA